CACCGGCAACAGCAGAGACGUUUGUUGUACCUUCGGCAGGAAGGAAAAUAGUAAUCAUUGAGCGAGAUCCCUCUACAGUGUCAAGAACGGUGGAGCGUUGUUGAAGAAUUGUAUUAUACAUAAAGCUUCAGGUAAGCGAAAACACAUAUUUGGCGCUGCUCAUCGCAAUCAAAGUAACCUUCACUCCCGCGACUCUGCUGAGUCAUCAAACGGACUCCUCAAAAGAGCUUUCCUAAAGGACUCACUAAUAAGAGUCCCUCUAAAGAGCUCUGCCAAAUAACUCACCAAAGUGACUCUCCAGCGAUGAGUCGUGGGUUGAAAUUCGACCGGCGAUCAUCCUUGCCCGUUCUGCACACUCGCGGAACGCAUUAUGAGGUUGGCUUUGACAUCGGUCGAACGUUCCGAGCAAUAAUCGAGGACUAUUUGGCUGCGAGCAAGCAUUCCCACGACUCGCUCCUCAAACAGUUCAGCGAGGGGGACGGCAAGGUUGCGUAUGACGUAACUUUAGAGAACUUGAAGACAAACUUCCCCCAAUACAUCAGGGAACUACAAGGAAUUGCAGAUGGCGCUCGCGUGCCUUUCCAACAUCUGAUGGUACUGCAUUUGGUGACGAGUCUCCGUCCCGGCACGCACGACGUGCUGACCUCAGCAACCAGGCCUAAUCUCGGCUGCACGUCUGUCAGUCUCAACAAAGAUGGAGAGGUCCUGCUUGGCCACACUGAGGACGCCGAGGCCGAGAUGCUCAAUCACUUGUACGUCGUUGAAGCCGAGAUUCUCGAGGAGGAAGCUCAGGGUCGCUGGGGCUUCAGGAGAGAGCAUUUCACGGCCUUGUGCUACGCCGGAGAAGUGCCUGGCUUCUGCAUGGGCUACAACCGCCAUGGGAUCGCCUUCUCGGUUAACGUUCUGCGCCCGCGAAGGAUUUUUAGCGGAAAGACGCCGCGCCACUUCCUGUGCCGCGCCCUCCUCGCCGCGGACUCUAUGGCAACGGCCGGGCGGAUCCUCCAGGACGCGGGCGUGGGCGCCGCCGACGGCUUCUCUGCCAACGUGAUCCACCUGACGAAGGACGGGGGGCGUGCCUUCCACAACUUCGAAGUCGCUCCGGCCAAGGCGGACGGCGGCGGAAGCCAGGUGUCGGUCCGCGUGAUAGAGAGAGGGCAGUACUUCAUUCACACGAAUAACUAUCAACACCUCAACACCGAAGAGCACUCCGAAGCCCUUGUGGUCACCAGCAGCACCAGACGACUCGCCCGGGCCGAGGUCCUCCCACCGCCGACGAGCCGCGACCUCCUCGUGGCCCUGUUAUCUGACGACGAAGACCCCGUCCACCCCAUCUUCAGGAGCCAAGACCCGGAUUUCGUCACGACGGCGCUCGGCCUAUUCGACGUCAUGAAGCGAAAGUGGACCUUCUGGAUGCAGAAUCCGAAGGCCGCUCCUCCACUGCUUUCAUUGCCGAUGAUCUUUGACUGGGACGUGUAAAAAGAGGCAGCUGCAGCGGCACCAAGAUCCACGUGAGAAAUGAUAUGACCCUAAAAAGGCAGAGUGUUCUGUCGUCGACUGAAGAUUUAGUGUUGUCUUGAUUUUUUAAUUUAAUAUCGGUUAGUUUAAUUUUUGUUGUGUUUCUCUUUGGGAAUUUUCGUUGUGUUUUUGCAUGGGAAUGAUUUUUCUUUGUUUCACACUUUCCUGUGAGUUAUUGUUUGAUAUAUGUUUAUGAGAUAAAAGUGAAGGUUUGUUAUACCUUGAAUAUAGGAUUAGAUGUGAUAUAGUUUAUUGACAAUUUUUUGUUUUUGGAAUAGUAGGAAUGUGCAUGCUCGAAAAAUGUUUAACAAAUGUAUAAUUGAUUGUAGUAAAUUUUUCAUUCUUUUACCUUCGCAUACUUCGAAUACAGGAAUUGUAAAACCAAGCUAACUACAUUUUCUACAUUAUUUUAAUAAAUAUUUGACGCUGAAAA